GGAGGAGGCCGUCCGGGAGAGAGUGAUCUGCUUCGCUGAAGACAUGUUGGAGAAAGACCUCAAGGAUAAUCGGAGCAUUGGAGACCUGGGAGCCCACCACCUCCUGGAGCGGGCAGCCCCCACGGGCAGCAAGGUGACCGUGCUGACCCACUGUAAUACUGGUGCACUGGCCACGGCUGGCUAUGGCACAGCCCUGGGUGUGAUCCGCUCGCUGCACAACCUUGGCCGCCUGAAGCAUGUCUUCUGCACGGAGACCCGGCCCUACAACCAGGGGGCCCGGCUGACAGCCUUCGAGCUGGUCUACGAGCAGAUUCCCGCCACCCUCAUCACAGAUAGCAUGGCAGCAGCCGCCAUGGCUCACCGGGACGUGUCAGCUGUUGUUGUGGGAGCUGACCGUGUGGUUGCCAAUGGUGACACAGCCAACAAGGUGGGCACCUACCAGCUGGCCAUCGCCGCCAAGUACCAUGGCAUCCCCUUCUACGUAGCUGCCCCCAGCUCCUCAUGUGACCUCCGUCUGGAGACGGGCCAGCAGAUCGUCAUUGAGGAGCGCCCCGGCCAGGAGCUGACCGAUGUCAAUGGGGUCAGGAUUGCAGCACCCGGAAUUGGAGUUUGGAAUCCUGCCUUCGAUGUCACCCCCCAUGACCUCAUCACUGGCGGCAUCAUCACAGAGCUGGGUGUCUUUACCCCCAAAGAACUCCAGGCAGCCCUAAGCACCACCAUCUCCUGAGGGUGGGGACAUUAGAUGGACCCCAGAAGUAACCAACCCGGCUCUCCAUACCCUUCUCCAUCCCCCUAGGUUUUAUAAUAAAAUGUAUUGAAUAGUCUGCUCCAAAGCUGACCUUCCCCCAAUCAUACUUCUUCCUAGAGCAGGGAUAGCGGACAGAGUCUUUGCAUGGCUUUUAAAAGUGCAGCAGCUAGAGAUAGGCUACCCAAGUUCCUAUCCCAGUUCUGCCACUCUUUCUGCUGUGUGAUCUCGGCCAAGUCACCUCACCUCUCCAUGCUGUGGUUUCCUCAUUUAUGACAUGGGGACAAUACCUACGGCCUUCUUAGGUUGCUCUCAGGACUGGAACUAGGGUAACACCUUAGGCACAAAAUUUAAACGGGACACCAAAAAGCUCAGUAACCAAGAUAAAUAAUACUUUCAUGCAGUAUUUUUAAAAAUCAAAAUGAAUGCAAGAAAAAUACAUGAGCCCUAACCGGUUUGGCUCAGUGGAUAG